AUGGCAACACUAAAUUAUAGUGAAAGUAUAAAUAUAGAACGAGAAAAAGCAAAUUUACUUUGUUUAAUUAAAUUAACAUUGAAUGCCUUAAUUGAUCGAUCGUUAUCAGCAACUUCAUUACCAGUUCUUGAUGAUCGUAAUGCUGAUGUAACGAAUUUUAUCGUAACACUUGAACGUGUUCUGAGUUUUCGUAUGCAAGGAACUUGGCUAUCAGAACGACAUUAUUUUUGGGAUUUUAUUCGACCAGCAUGUAUUGGUUCUUGCCGACAAUCUAUCAUUGAACGUGUAGAAGAAAUAUCAAAUACACGUAGUUUAAAAGAGAAGGGUCGAGCAUGGAUCAAGUUUGCGUUAAUGGAAAAACAACUUCCUGAACUUCUAAAACUCGUUAUUUCUGAUAGUCAUCUUGUUCGAAAAUUCUAUCACGAUGAUUCAAUUAUGAUGUCAUCACAAGCAUUUAUCCUAUGUGAUCAAUUAGCUGGAUUAAAUACCAUUGAUUUUAGUUUUUGUUUUAAACAAGAUACUCCAAUAAUUGCUCCUAUACUAUUGAAUGAUGCUGAAAUAGAUGUGAUUGAUUUAACACCAUUUUUAUGUUUUAAAUCAAAACAAAUUAAACAAAUACUUAAAAAUCAAAAUAAUAAUGAAGAAAAUAAACAAUCAUCAUCAAUCGUAACAAGUAAUAAUGAAAUUACAUCAUUAAAUUCAUCUGAAUGUCAAAUGGUACCAUUGGAUAAAUUUAAACUUGAAGUUGAACAACGAAAAUAUUUUGAAGAACUUUUGCAACAUCGUGAUCGAGAAUUACAACAAAUGAAAAUUCGUUAUGAUACAUUAAAAAGUGAACGUGAAAGUGAAAUUAUGCAAAUGGAAAAUAUUAUACUUGAACUUCAACUUGAAUUACGAGCAGCUCGAGAUGAAGCCGAAUUUAGGCAUAGAAGAUCACAGCAACUAAAUUCAACAACACCACCUAAAAGUCUUUCUUAUCUUGAUAAUCGUAAAACAAACUCAUCAUCAUCAACACUAACUACUGAUCGUUCUGACAAUGACGACAAGCAAGUGCGUUCAAUUGAAAAUUCAUGGACAAGUACAGAUAAUCAAAAUAUAAAUUUACUUAUGGAAAAUAUUGAUCAAAAUCAAUCCAAUGAUAUUGUCCAUCUACCGCCUCAAUGUUCAAGUCCUCCUACAACAAACACCAAUACCAAUGAUAGUCAAUAUGAACUUGCUCAUAAACUACUAUCUAAUAUUGAUAAUGAUAGUAAUCAAACAGCUACUGAAAUCAAACCAAUAUCAAGUCCAGAAAUUCUUUCAUCGCCUACAUCUCUUUCAAUUCCAUCAUCAUCAUCAUCUAAUGAUGAUGAACAAAAAGUGCAAACAGCAACAACAACUAUUCUUGACGAAAAUAAACUAAUUACGAAUGAAUCUAUUCAAUUUGAAUCAGAUGACGUAGCAGCCAAAAAUAUCCAGUCAAUACAAGAAGAUAAUAUAACAGCUUAA